AUGAUCUCUUGCAGUGCAGAAUGGUGCUUUGGAUUCCAGUCUGUUGCUGUAAUAACAAAUUGUUGUGUCGUUUUCGACGAAAUUGGCCCCGAUGGAGCAGCUGCUACAGCUGAUGAAGAUGAUCAGCUCUUUCCUAAAUGCUUACGCACCACCGGAAGCCCUGUAGGCAAGUUUCCCGAUGUGCCUUUCGGUGGAGGACCUAGGAUUGUUGUAGCCGUCUCUGCCUCUGACAAGCCAAUGCCUUCUGCA